AUGGAAAAUCCUGACGCGAGAACUCUCCGAAUCGAGAAAGUGGUCCAGAAAGACAUUCCUACACUGACCGAAAUCUGGUUCGCAGCAUUUACUGAUCCAGAAAUACGACGUAUCUGGCCUGAUACGCCCGCCGUCCGCAAAUGGUGGACCGACGCAAACCACCAUGAUCUCCUUCAUAAACCGUUUCAACACUAUGUUAAAGUCGUCGACCCGGAAACUCGCGACAUCAGGGGUGAGCCACGUAUAGCUGCCUUCGCGAAGUGGGAUACAUCGAUGCCGAAAGAGCGGGGUCGUAGAUAUCCGCCGUGGACUGAAGACCAAUCUAAGCAAAUCUGUGACGAGUUCAUUGACAAGGAAGAGCGAGAAAGACUGCGAGUCAUGGGCAACGAUAGACAUUACUACCUUGAUACGCUCGUCACUCACCCAGACUACCAGCGGCGCGGGGCAGGUUCGUUGCUUAUGAGAUGGGGCUGUAAUCUGGCGGAUAGGGAUGAUGUUGCAGCGUAUGUGGAUGCUAGCAAGUCGGGUUCUGCCUUAUAUCAACGAUUCGGGUUUACGGACCAGAGCCUACCAAAUUCCGGAGACGUUGCUUCCAUGGCGAGACCGCGAGUAUCCCGGGCCCCUAGGGCACUUUGA